CACCUACUAGCCGGGGAGUAGACGUGUCUAGUCACUGAGUAGAGACCAAGUAGUGAAUCUUCCUCUCCCUGGGAAAAGCGUCUGUGAGGCAAACAGGAUGGCCUGGUGGAAAGCCUGGGUUGAACAGGAGGGCGUCACUGUGAAGGGCAGUUCUCACUUCAACCCAGACCCUGAUGCAGAGACCCUCUUCAAAGCCAUGAAGGGGAUUGGGACCAAUGAGCAGGCCAUCAUAGAUGUGCUCACCAAGAGAAGCAAUGUGCAGAGGCAGCAGAUUGCCAAGUCCUUCAAGGCUCAGUUUGGCAAGGACCUCACUGAGACCUUAAAGUCAGAGCUGAGUGGCAAAUUUGAGAGACUCAUCGUGGCCCUCAUGUACCCGCCAUACAGAUACGAGGCCAAGGAGCUCCAUGAUGCCAUGAAGGGCUUAGGAACCAAAGAAGGAGUCAUCAUUGAGAUCCUGGCUUCGCGGACCAAGAACCAGCUGAGAGAGAUCAUGAAAGCCUAUGAGGAAGACUACGGGUCUAGCCUGGAAGAAGACAUCCAAGCAGACACCAGUGGCUACCUGGAGCGGAUUCUGGUGUGCCUCCUGCAGGGCAGCAGAGAUGAUGUGAGCGGCUUUGUGGACCCAGGACUGGCCCUCCAAGACGCACAGGAUCUGUAUGCAGCGGGUGAGAAGAUCCAUGGGACCGAUGAGAUGAAAUUCAUCACCAUCCUGUGUACACGCAGUGCCACUCACCUGAUGAGAGUGUUCGAGGAAUAUGAAAAAAUUGCCAACAAGAGCAUUGAGGACAGCAUCAAGAGCGAGACCCAUGGUUCACUGGAGGAGGCCAUGCUCACUGUGGUGAAAUGCACUCGGAACCUCCACAGCUACUUUGCAGAGAGACUCUACUACGCCAUGAAGGGAGCAGGGACACGUGAUGGGACGCUGAUAAGGAACAUCGUUUCAAGGAGCGAAAUUGAUUUAAACCUUAUCAAGUGUCAGUUCCAGAAGAUGUAUGGCAAGACUCUCAGCAGCAUGAUCAUGGGUGACACCAGUGGUGACUACAAGAAUGCCCUGCUGAACCUUGUGGGCAGUGACCCCUGAAGACAUCCAAAGACCAAGGGCAGGAAGUGUGAGCCGUAGGGACUGCAGCUUCAGCCCUGACCAUCGGUGGGGUGGGGGUGGGGAACACCUCGUCCAGCUUUUAGUCUCUGUCCCCCAAUUUCCAGUGCUUCUCAUCCAAUGCUUCUGACCCAGAAGGUGAGACCAGCCUGUGUUCGUCUUUGCACCUCUCCCCUGAGUUGAUCCAACUACUGAAUCAGGGACUUUGGAGAAGGAGCCAACCCCCAUGGAUUUCUAGCAGGUGUCUUAGCCCAUGAGCUACAUCAUCAGGCAGCCAGUGGGGGUGUUGGAGAACCCUGCUAUUUUAGAAAACCCAGCCACAGAAACUGAGAAAGAGCCAUAUCUCUGCCACUUGGGAUGUCUGUAACAUUCACUGUCCAGAAAUUGUUAGGUUGUAGAUGAACAAAAAUUCUUACACCAUCCUAAUAACAGUCAUUAGAUUAGUCUUGACCCAAGUCCACUGUGGCCUGAGAGACUCAGGCUUGUCCAGGCCUUGGCCAAACCAGCUGCUUGUUCCCUCCAUGGUGAAGCCUGCAGAUUAGGAAGGCACCCAACCCCGCUUAUGAAUCCUGACCUCCUCCUGUGGUCUCCAAGCCUGAAGAAGCUGAGAGAACUUUUCCUAAUAUUCAUCGAGCUUUCAGAAUCAUAAAUAUGUGUACUUUCAAAAAGUCUGUGGAUUUGU